AUGAAGAGUGAUGUGUAUGCUUAUGGGGUAGUAUUGGUUGAGAUGCUUACAGGCUUGCGUGUAUUUGAUGGAAAUAGUCCAAGUGAGCAAAGUAAUCUGGUUGAUUGGGUCAAACCAUAUUUGCUCCAUGAAAGAAAAUUGGUAGAUAUAAUGGACUCUCAAUUGGAAGGGGAAUAUCCUUCAAAAGCUGCCUUCAAAAUAGCUCAGCUUGCUCUAAAAUGUCUUGCAGCUGAACAAAAAACUAGGCCAUCGAUGAAAGCAGUUGUGGAGACACUGGAACACAAAGAGGCAAGCAAUGGAAAACCCAUGGAUACUUUGCACCAUCGACCUCCACUUCCCUGCAGGCAAAAGAGAAUUCAGGCCCAUCAACUCGCGCUAUGAGCAUGGUAGCUUCGAUAUAAUGCUUCCAAUGAAGAGCAGCCUUUGAAUAUGAAGAAGAUUGCUUUUUACAAGUUAUAUCAAUCUCUAUUCUUCUUCACGUGACCUCCAGAAUUUGUAAUGAGUUUUGUUGUUCUAGAGGACAUUUGUAUCUAAUAGCGUAGGAUGUUCAUAAUCAAAAUGCAAUUAUUUAUUUUAGUCUA